AUGUAUAUCGUGGAAAAAGAGGCUGAAGAACGCACAGACAUCUCUGAAGAUCCCACACAUUUGUGGAGAAUAAAGGAGAAACCUUACAUGUCCGUGUCAAGUCUUUGCCAUCCUUCAUCUGGAGUCAAUCCAAGCCAAAGCACAAGCCCAGACAGUCAACCACUCUUCAGGGCUGUCAAGGAAGAAUGCAGCUUCAGUAAUCAAUCUGAUGAAGAGGAAUUGGAGACUCCGCUGCCACUGCGGUCGGAGGAAGACUGGCUCGAUUAUCACCAUAAUUACGGCCAUUGGCAGCCGUCCUACAGCAGUGCUCCGGUGCCUUGGCCCCCCCGCCCUCACCCUGCAGCGUGCCUCCCUCACAGCUGUCAUCCAUACCCACAUCUUGACUGGGGCCACAGUCCAGAGCUGGUUGAGACCGGUUCUGAUUCCGGGUACAGCGUGUCAGUUAACGUACCCCACUUCUCUCUUCCGCCAGCAGGGGCAGUGUCACAGGUGCAGUUUGGGGAAAUGGAGUCAAUUUCCUUCGCAGCGGACAGAAGUGCAAUGCUGCCAGAGGAGUGCAGAAGUGUUUUCAUCACCUACUCAUCCGAUGCCUUCACCGACAUUGUCCCAUUUGCAGAUUUUCUGAGCAAACACGGAUUCCAACCCACCAUUGACAAAGUAGACGGCUCUGUAGACUGCACAGACAUCAACAGCCGCAGGGACGGGGCUCUAAAAGAUAAUUCCACUGUGAUCAUUAUAGCUAUCAGCCCCAAAUACAAAGCUGAUGUGGAAGGAAUUGCAAAGGACAAGCAGGGUCUGCACACUAAAUACAUCCAUUCUAUGGAGCAUGUGCCCGCUUGGCUGCAUAACACCAAAGUCUACCACUGGCCACGCCACAGUCAGGACCUGUUACUACGACUUCUGCGGAGAGAGAGGCAUGCCCCGCCCCCCGUCGCCAAAGAGAUGGGUGUUGUCAUCCAACCGAUGCCCCUAUGGGCUGCCCUGCCCGCACCACAGUGGCAAUACCACUUCGACUCACACUGA